AUGACUGAGGCUGUAGACUGCAUGACAAUAAACGCUGUUUGCUGUUGUAACGAGGAUGAUUUUUUCAUCAAGAUUGAGACAUGGCACAAGCCUGACCUUGGAACGCUAGAGAAUGUUCACAAAUUGGACAGUUCCACAUGGAAGUCUGUGGAGGUCACACCCAUUGAUAUUGCAGACAAAGAACAAGUAAUUCCUGUUGACUACAAGGCAGAUGAAGAUCCGGCUAUUUUUCAUUCAGUCAAGACUGGCCGAGGACCACUGGGCCCGAGUUGGAAGAGAGAGCUGGUUAAUAACCCCACUGCUUACUUAAUGUGUUCUUACAAGCUGGUGACGGUCAAGUUUAAGUGGUGGGGCCUUCAGAACAGAAUAGAAAGCUUCAUUCACAAGCAAGAGAAGAGGAUCUUCACCAACUUCAACCGUCAGCUGUUCUGCUGGAUUGAUCAGUGGGUGGAGCUCGACAUGGAGGACAUCAGUGAAGGAUGGAAGAGGACGCAGAAGGAGCUGGAGGAGGUGAGGCAUAGACAAGGUGAAGUGCGAGGAACCAGUGCUGCUGAUGAGUGA